AAACGCGGACGCAACAGGAGCAUAACGAGGUUCGAAUGGUUAUGAUAAAAAAGGGUGUCCAUUUCCAUGGUUACCAGUUCGUGGGAUUCAUAACAUUCUUAACGUAAGGAGUACAAAUGUCGGCUUAAAACACUGCUUGGAUUCUUUUGCUAUUCCAAUGGGUUUGCUGGCUUUGUUGCGAAAGUUACGCGCUUCUUCCGAACAGGAAUUGCGGAUAUUAUUGUUAGGUCUUGAUAAUGCCGGUAAAACAACUCUCUUGAAGCAGCUGGCCAAUGAGGAUAUAACCCACAUCACACCUACCCAAGGAUUUAACAUUAAGUCCGUCCAGUCAACUGGAUUUAAACUAAAUGUAUGGGAUAUCGGUGGUCAAAGAAAAAUCCGACCCUACUGGAGAAAUUAUUUUGAAAAUACUGACGUUCUAAUCUAUGUGAUAGACAGUUCCGAUCGGAGGCGCUUUGACGAAACGGCUGAAGAGUUGUCUGAGCUUCUUAACGAGGACAAACUGGAAGGAGUGCCCUUGCUGGUGUUUGCAAAUAAACAAGAUUUAUUGGGUGCAGCAGCGCCGUCUGAAUUAGCCUUGGGCUUAGCUCUCCAGACAAUCAAAAACAGAGGAUGGCAGAUUCAGGCUUGCUGCGCAUGUACCGGUGAAGGAGUUCAGGAUGGAAUGAACUGGAUUUGCCAAACGAUAAAAAAGAAAUGAUUGUAAAGUUUGCCGUCACUGUCCAAUGUUUCGUCACAUCAAUGUUGAAUUUUCAAUGCAAUAGAAACUCGAACUUUGUCGCAAUG